GUGGAAGCCUUACUUCUAUGGACACACUGGUCUUCUAAACAGAUACACACUGUCGACUAAUGAUGAUUUUUAUCGACAAUCCUUCACGAUACAAGUUGCUUGUUAAUGUUAUUCUUUUAGGUACAUCAGCUUUUUUGGUAGGUCCAACUAGCAUGACUACUCACAGAACCAAAAAUCCUCGCCUAUCGUUGUACCAGUUGCACUUGCUUAUUUCAAGUACUAGGAGCCCUUUGGUAAAAAUUCCUGAAAUGGCCGUCAUCAAUUAUGGGAUAAUUGAGAAAAUUGUGCUAGACAUUUUAGCAAGUCAUCUUGGUUUCACGUAUGACAUUAUUCCUCCGCGGGACAUUUUAACAGCCGGUUUUCUUCAGCCGAACGGUUCCUGGACUGGAACAACUGGCCAAUUGCAACGCAAGGAAGUUGAUAUGUGUGUGACUUUGAGUGCAGCAGCACCCAGUAAGUCGAAGAUACUCGAUGUUUCUUAUCCCGUGGUAUAUGCAAAUUCAGCUAUAAUUAUCCCUUUUCCAAAAGAAGCUAGCAGAGCAUGGUUUGGUAUAUCAUCAUUUCAGUUUUCGGUUUGGAUUGCCAUUUUAGUUACUUUUAUUGUUACCACUGUGGUUUCGUGGAUACUCGUCCGCGUCAACAGUUCAAGACUGGGCGUUAAGGCUCCCACUUUGGGUUACUGGGUUGUUUUCUAUUUCGGUUUGUGGACAUCCCAAGGUACUACUCCGAGAGGUUCCUCAAUACCGUUUCGAAUAGUUUGUUUUGUUACCAUAUUUGGCAUUUACAUCGCCAUGAAUUACUUUACGGCGUCGUAUACUUCUAUCCUGUCGACACCUGUAUUCAAAACGGCUGUCAAUUCUAUUGAAGAUUCAGCCAAAAGCAGAACGGUUAAGACUCUACUGAUCAAAGGAUCGAGCACGGACGAGCACAUCAUGUCGUCAUCGGAUCCCACAUUUAAAAUGCUUGCUUAUCAAAUGCGACGCUAUCCUGAAAGAAGAAUCGUCAAUGCAUUGACUGUAGAUGACAUAUCCACCAUCGUAAAGGAUAAUACUGCUCUGGUCAUGGUCGAGUCCAAUGCAGAAUCUGUGAUUGAAAAUAGCUAUAAAAUGAACAGUAAAUGUCUCGUGACUCUGGCUGAGAAAACCUUCUUUGGUCGCCCGCAAGUCUUCACCUAUCCGAAGAACAGUCCGAUAGCCAAAGCAAUUGACUACGAUCUCCUGCUGUUGCAUCAAGCUGGAUUGAUUCAGUACGCCGAGAAAACUGCCAAAUCGCAGAACCGCUGCCGCGUUUCGGAUUUGGCAAACGCCCAAGCUCAAAAAAUUGCUCCACUCGGCCUGAAGGAAAUGAGUGGAUCCUUGGUCAUCGUGGGUUUGGGCAUGGCUAUAAGUUUCUUCAUUUUUAUUGUCGAAUUGAUUUUCGCAAAAAUGAAGAAAGCGUUUGCCCGAAAAUAAUGUGCAGUCAUCUUGCCUGUAGUACUACUAUAGAUCAUCUUCUCUUGUUAAACAUUUGAUAAUUACUAUUUUCUUGCAUGGUCUAAUUUGUACUACUCGACAGCAUGGAUGUUGAUUAUUGUGUAUUAAUCUGCAUUAUCGAUUACUGAUAACGUUCGGACAAUGCA